GCCGUCCCCACCACCAGCAACGACAGCAACAAUGGCCAACGUCGAGAUCAACCUGCCGCUGCCCGUCCUGCCCGAGGGCUGGGCUGGCGAGAAGGACUUCAAGCCCGUCGGCUCCCUCAGCAAGACCAACGACCGCAAGAUCGAGCCCGUUGGCCCUCACUUCCUGGCGUACGCCCGCCGAGUCCGCCACAAGCGCACUUUCUCCGAGGAUGAGCGCAUCCAGGCCCAGGCCAACGUCAAGAGCGUCGAGGAGGAGGACCCCGAUGACAUCGACGAGCCCGAGGACCCCCAGAUGCUUCUGCGCGAGGCCAAGGACUGGAAGUCGCAGGACCACUACGCCGUCCUCGGCAUAACCCGCCACCGCUGGAGGGCCACCGAGGAGCAGAUCAAGCGCGCCCACCGCAGGAAGGUGCUCAAGCACCACCCCGACAAGAGGGCUGCCGCUGGUGGCACGGAGGAUGAUCAGUUCUUCAAGUGCAUCCAGAAGGCCCACGAGGUCCUGUCUGAUCCUGUCCGCAGGAGGCAGUUCGACUCCGUGGACGAGGCCGCUGAGGUCGACCCGCCGUCCAAGAAGGAUACCCAGAAGGGCAACUUCUACAAGCUCUGGGGCAAGGUCUUCGAGGCCGAGGGUCGCUUCUCCACCAAGCAGCCCGUGCCCAAGCUCGGAAACGCCAAGAGCACCAAGGAGGAGGUCGAGAGCUUCUACAACUUCUGGUACAACUUCGACAGCUGGAGAUCUUUCGAGUACCUUGACGAGGACGUUCCUGAUGACGGCGAGAGCCGUGACCAGAAGCGUCACGUCGAGCGCAAGAACAACGCUGCCCGCAAGAAGAAGAAGACCGAGGACACUGCCCGUCUCAGGCACCUUGUCGACGACGCCCUUGCCCUUGACGAGCGCAUCAAGCUCUUCCGCCAGGCCGAGCACGCAGAGAAGAACAAGCGCCGCUUCGCAAAGGAGGCCGAGCAGAAGCGUCUCGCUGAGGAGGCUGCUAAGGCUAAGGAGGAGGAGGCCAGGCUCGCCAAGGAGGCUGAAGAGGCUGAGAAGGCCCAGAAGGCCGAGGGCAAGAAGGCGAAGGAGGCCGCGAAGAACGCUGCGAAGAAGAACAAGCGUGUUGUUCGUGGUGCCGUCAAGGACGCCAACUACUUCCACGGCGCUGGCGAUGCCCCUGCCUCCCAGGUCGAUGCCGCUCUCAACGACGUCGAUGCUAUCAUCGCUAAGAUUGACAACACCGAGCUCGCUACCCUCGCUGGCAAGCUCAACAGCGAGAAGGAUGCUGGCAAGAUCAAGGAGAUCUUCAAGGCCGAGGACGAGCGUCUCGGUCUGAACUCGAAGUCCCUGGCUUAGGUGACUACGGCUGUUUGAUGAUCACGACCUCUUUAUAGACAUCUAGACUUUGCAUUGCGACUGCAGUAAUGGCAUUGGUUCAUGACUUCCCCAAC